AAACCCCGAGACCUAAACAGGUAGCGCUGCGAAGGGUUUAGGUUUAGUGUGUCGACAGUAGCACCUUCGAGACGAGAAGUUCUGGCCAUCUGCGAGGCGAGAUUGUACCGUCCGAAGCCAGGGUUUCUGUGACAGGAAAGUAGGAAGGGUUCGUGUGGAUCAAUCUCGCUUUCAAGAGUCGUGUGCACGCGUUCCUCUGGUUGUCGCAGACAUCUGCCGGAUUCGAAUUUGGAACGAUGUUGCGCAUUGUGAAACCGAAGACGAAGAGAGCGAAGCGCAUGCUCGAGAAGCGUGCGCCGAAAGUGGACGAGAAUGUCAAAAGGUUAAUGCUUCUCCAAGGUACCAAAUCGAGCAGCUUGAUAAAAAAUGUCAUUUCCGACCUGUAUCAUCUGAAGAAGGCUGGAGGCGCUGCCGUCAAGUUUUCGAGGAAGAAUGACAAUGUCCGACCUUUUGAAGGUGGUGGUGAGACCUCACUAGAGUUUCUCUCAGCAAAGACGGACUGCAGUCUUUUUGCGUUUGGAACGCAUUCUAAAAAACGACCGAACAACUUGGUGAUUGGAAGAAUGUACGACCAUCACGUGCUAGACAUGAUUGAGCUUGGAGUUGACAAGUACCAAUCUAUUGCGCAAUUGGGCGGCGGUAGGAAAGCUGCGCCUCAGGAAGGUUCGAAGCCUUGUUUUGCAUUUCUUGGGGACGCAUUUGAGAGCAAACCGGAGUUGGCGCAUUUGAAGGAAAUGCUUCUGGAUUUCUUCCGUGGCGAGGAAGUAGAAACCAUAAACGUGGGAGGAUUGGAUAGAGUUUUUGUUUGUGCCGCGGCUGGUGAUAAGGUUUACCUAAGGCACUGUGGCAUCGAGUUGAAGAAGAGUGACGAAAGUAAAUUUCCACGCGUAGAGCUGGUGGAGGUUGGGCCUUGCUUCGACAUUAGCAUAAGAAGAAGUAGAAAACCUAGUGAAGAUCUUCGUAGAGAAGCUAUGAAGAUGCCAUUGAAGACCGCGAAGAAGAAGGUGAAGAAUGUCAAGGGAGACUCUCUUCAAGGGAAGAUUGGAAAGAUCUACAUGCCCAAGCAAGAGGUGGAAGGCAUGGCUCUAGCGAAGAUGAAGGGAUUGAAGAGGGAACGAAGGCAGGCAGCCGCAGCUAAAGCAGCGGCAGCUGCUGACACACCCGCCAAAGAAGGAGAUGGAUCUGUAGUAGCAGAAGAGACCCCAACGCAAAAGAAAGCACGUCUGUAAAUCAGGAAAAUGAUAGUUAGUUUGUAGUUAGAGAAAUUCAAAUUCUGUGGUUUCCCUCCGGCUGUUCGAAUCAUUGUAUAUUAAUGAGAGAUGUUCACAAUCGUCUGUUCAUGCGUCGCCCUUUGAGGGGUGGAGCUGUCUGCUCUGCGUUCCCGGUUCAGCAUUUCACCGCGGUGUGGUGGCCCGUCUUUACACUAAAUGGGAGUGUUCGCGCUCGAUAAGUUGGAUCUACCGAAUGAAGCUAUGCAGACAAUAGUUUUUGAGAACCGAGAUUACUUAGAUAACCAUGCAUGUGUACAAUGAGUAAAAACUCCUCACUGAGGAUCCCCUCCGCGAGCAUGCAACCUAUUAAAUCUCCUACGGAAGAUACUGGCUUCGUAGUUCUAUGUUGUUACAUUGUGUACCC